AUGCGCGUGUCGACCUUGUUACCGUUGGCCGCUGCAUUGGCACAGAGAGUCACCGCUGUCCCGACCUCCAAGGACAACGCGACAUGUCUCCCCGUCGUUGACCUAGGCUAUGAACUGCACCGCGCCAUCUGGCACAACACCGACACCGACCUUUACAAAUUCCAAAACAUUCGCUACGCCCGCGCUCCCACCGCCAACCUCCGUUUCCGCGCCCCCCAGCCUCCUCUAAAGAACCGGACCGCCGUCCAGACCGGCGCCCAGACCGCGAUAUGCCCCCAGGGCCAGCCGGUCUGGCAGGCCAAGACCAUGGCAGCUAUUGGCAAGUACUCGAACCCGGCCAACAACUUCACACUGGAGGGUUGGGUUGAGGCGAUCGAAGGCGGGAUUGUUCCGCCAGGGAACAUCAACCAGAACACGACGGAGGAUUGCUUGUUGCUGGAUGUGCAUGUUCCAAGGAAGGUGCUGAAGGCGGCGCGGAGGGAGAAUGACGAGGGUGUUCCGGUGCUUGUUUUCAUCCACGGCGGCGGUGGCGUCUUCGGCUCCAAGGACGGCUCCGGGCCCACCCGCUUUGAACCCUCCGGCAUCCUCGCCCAGGCCCAGUCCGCCUUCGACCAGGACUUCGUCUUCGUCACCCUCAACUACCGCCUCGGCGCCCUCGGCUGGCUUAAUAGCGCCUCUGUCCUCGCCGACGGCGACGCCAACGUCGCCCUCCUCGACCAGCGCUUCGCCCUCCAGUGGGUCCAGGACAACAUCCACCUCUUCGGGGGGUCUAAGGACCACGUCACGAUCAUGGGAGAGUCUGGUGGCGGCUCUUCGGUUCUGCAUCACUUGAUCGCUGCGGGCGCGGAUGAUGUCGCAGGGGGAAAGAGGUUGUUCCAGCAGGCUAUCUCGCAGAGUCCCGCCGAUGUGCCCGUGGCAACCGGCAACCCGGAGGAGCUCUACGACGAGUUCCUCUCCAUCCUCAAGGCCGACGACCUCGACGCUGCGCGCUCCAUGUCCUCCACCGCCGUAAUCGCCGCCAACGCUGCCCAGGUCGCCGCCUUCCCCCACACCAACUACGUCCACCGCCCCAUCGUCGACUCAAACACCUCCUUCGGCCCCGUCAUCAAAUCUCUCGGACAAGGUCGGUUCGACAAGUCCGUCAGGGUCAUGGCCGCGCACAACAUCUUCGAGGGUGGGUUCUUCUUCGAUCUGGCAGUGAAGACGGACGGGGACUUUGAUGAGUGGCUGAAGAGGUCGUUCCCGGGCUUGGAUGGGGCCCGGAGGGAGGAGUUGAUGGAGAGCGUGUAUCCGGCCGUGUAUGACGGGUCACUGGGAUAUGUGGACAUGAACACAAGGCAGAUGAGCGUGUGGGGUGAGUCGUCCAUUGACUGUGCCUUCAACGCCAUCGCCAAGGCCACCAAGGACAAGGGCUACGCUUACGAAUUCAGCGUCUCUCCCGGUUUCCACAUCCAAGACCUCUCAUUCACCUUCGGGACCACCGCUACCGCCGCCCGCCCGUCCCAGAAGUCUCUUCAGCUCGCCAUCGCCAGCUUUGUCCUCAAGGGCGUGCCGGCCCUCGAGGGCGGGAAGGAGUUCCCCGUUUUCGGUGAUGAGGGUCUGCUUGUCAACAUCACGGCUGCGGGCGCCGUGCCUUCGGUGCCAAACUCUGUCAACCAGACCAGGUGUGAGUGGUGGACCUCGAUUGCUUGA